AUGAAGCUCGUGCGGUUCCUGAUGAAGUGCACCAACGAGACGGUGACGAUUGAAUUGAAGAAUGGCACAAUUGUCCACGGCACCAUCGCCUCCAUCUCGCCGCAGAUGAACACGGCCCUGCGCAACGUCAAGAUGACGCCCAAGGGCCAGGACCCCAUCCCGCUCGACUCGAUGAACAUCCGCGGUUCCACCAUCCGCUACUACAUCCUUCCCGACUCCCUCCCCCUAGACACCCUCCUCGUCGACGACGCGCCCAAGCCCAAGAACAAGGCCCGGAAGGAGGCCGACCGUGGCGGUCGUGGAGCCCGCGGACGUGGUCGCGGUGGUCCUCGUGGCCGUGGAGGUCCUCGUGGAGGUCGCAGGGGUUGA